CAAAUGCCUUCUACCCAGCUCGCCAAAAGACCUUCUGCUUCCCGAGCCCAGAAGCUAACUAUUUCCACCCAUAUGGAUUCGUAUGUGGUGGAUAAUGCUGCCGGUCCUCACGGGUCUACGCUGAUCUCGGAUGUAAUGUCCCGGAUUGGCCAGAGCUACGGCAAUUUUGAGGCUCCUCAGUGGCAGUGUCUAACUGGCACUCGGGACCGCACUGUCCUGUACGAGAAGAGUAUCGAGCACACUGCCGCGGCUCUUGCUUUCACUGCCCAGCUUAAUUACGAGCUGAACAACGAGGUCCAUACGAGCAGGACCCUCGCCCAAGAGGAGAGGGACCUCCACCUUAAAGCGAAUGACGACCUGAAGGCAGUGAAUACUAAGCUCGAGGCAGUGGUUAAGGAGCGUGAGGAAAUGGCCAAGGAGCUCGGAAAGCUGAAAAACGAACUCGAGGAGCAGAAGAAAGACAACAUCCAGCUUCGGGAGACCAACAAGAAGCUCGAGGAAGACAAGGCCGUCACCCUCGACCUCAUGGAGGAUAUCAAAACCCGCCUUACUGCUGAGUUCAAAGAAAAGAAGGAAACGGCGGUCGAUUCAGCCAUGUACCGGAUGUGGGCCUAUAACGAAGAACUGGACACCAGUUUUUUGGGUCCCCUCGAGGCGUCCUUCCUCGAACGAUGGAAUGCCCGGCUCGAGAAGGAAGAGGCUGACCAGCUCGAGAAGGAUAAAGCUACUCCGAGUACUGUUUCGGAGGGAGCUCAGGAGGAUAGUCAUGCUAUUCGUCCUGAGGGGUCCGGUGCCACUGAUGCUGAGAAGGCCAAGGAGACUCCUCUUCUUUGAAUCUGACCUCGGGGAGAUCAGUUUUCGGGGCUGCGUCCCAUUAUUUCUGUAAUUAUUUCAACUUGUGCCCACGGGGCUGAUACAAUUCCCUUUAUUAUUCUUUUAUAUACUUACAUUUCUUGGUUCGAAAUAUUUUGCAUAUUUUUAUAAUUGAUGGACCGGUUAUGUUUAUUUAUGCAUACAAACAUAGUUUGGAUUUAGGCUCGAAAUUCGAUGCAUUCAUGCAUAGUUUAUUCGAUUUAUCCGUUUCCAACCUCGUUAUUUAUCAAGGUCGGACAUUACUGUAACCAUGAACUGAAAAGUACUUAUAUGGCAUGUAAUAUGAAUGAUUUGGUUAAUCUUUUUAGUCACUUUCCCUCAUCCUUAGUAUCUUAGCUCCGAGGUUAUG